UCUCAAAGAGGGUUUGUGUGUGCGACUGUGCGUGCAUACAUAAGUGCGUGCGUGCGUGUGUGUUUCACUCCUCUGUUCCUUCGAUAUCCAGGAGCAUCAGUGAGCUCUUUUAUGUUUGACCAUUUACACUUACAGAGUUGGGAAAGCCAUUGCCUCUGAGCAGCCUCUAACCAGAGUCAUGAGGGUGCUCUCUCUUGCCUGCCUGCUCAUUGCACUCUGUGGAAUACAUGCAGCUGUUUCACGGAGUGACAAGAGAAGAAAUGACAAGCCAAUCAUUGGUAUCUUGGCACAAGAGUUAAAAUAUCCUAAGCCAAAGCGUAAUUCCUACAUCGCUGCAUCUUACGUCAAAACUCUGGAGGCUGCAGGGGCUCGCGUCGUGCCUGUGAUGAUUAAUCGACCUGAGGAAGAAUACCAUCAGUUGUUCCACUCUAUCAAUGGUAUUCUUUUCCCGGGCGGGGCUGCAAACCUUCUGACAUCAGGAUAUGCUAAAGCAGCUCACAUCUUCUAUAAACUUGCUUUGAAGGCCAACUGCCAAGGUGAUUACUUUCCAAUUUGGGGUACUUGUCUGGGAUUUGAACAGCUGUUGGUCAUUACAAGUGGUGAAAAACUGCUUUGUCGAACGAACACCAGAGGAGUGUCCCUGCCAUUGGAAUUUACACAGGAUGCCACUAAAAGCAAACUCUUUAAAGAUUUCCCACCAGAUAUGAUGACAGCUCUGGCAACUGAGAACAUCACAGUGAAUUUUCAUAAAUGGAGUAUCUCCAUGGAGAAUUUCACCAAGAACGAGAAGCUGAGAAACUUUUACAAAGUCUUAAGCACCAAUACAGAUGGGAACAUAGAGUUCAUUUCAACAAUGGAGGCAUACCAUUUUCCUGUGUACGGAACCCAGUGGCACCCAGAGAAAAAUGCAUUCGAGUGGAGUCGGACAUACUACCCUCACACACCAUCUGCAAUCAAAACCACUUUCUACAUGACAGACUUCUUUGUCAAUGAGGCAAAGAAAAACUUCCAUUCCUUUGCCAAUGAAGAGGAUGCAAUGAAACAUCUGAUCUACAACCAUAAGCCAGUGUUCUCUGCUGCCUUUGGCUCCUCCUUCCAGCAAAUGUAUUACUUUGAGUAAACCAUAAUGUAUCGGUUUUGUAAAUGUAUGUAGACCCCUUCAAAUAAAGUGUUACCCAAAGUA